GGUCAAACGACUGAACACGACUCGUAAUACAAUCUGCUCUUUCCUGGCUUCUCUCUCCCCCACAUACACACACAAACGCAAACAAAACAACGGAACAGCCAAAUGAAAGCGCGCAUGACGACAGGCGCAGCCGCGCUACUUCUGGUGCUCGUCCUCCUCCACGGCUCGGCGGCCAGCGGAGGAGACUUCGGCGGAGACUACUCGAAGCUCUCGGGCAUCAUAAUCCCGGGCUACGCCUCCACGCAGCUCCGCGCCUGGUCCGUCCUCGACUGCCCCUACUCGCCGCUCGACUUCAACCCUCUCGACUUGGUCUGGCUCGACACCACCAAACUUCUUUCUGCGGUCAACUGUUGGCUUAAGUGCAUGUGGCUAGAUCCUUAUAAUCAAACAGAUCAUCCAGAAUGCAAGUCUCGGCCAGAUGGUGGUCUUUCUGCAAUCACUGAACUUGAUCCGGGUUAUAUAACGGGUCCUCUCUCUUCAGUAUGGAAAGAGUGGAUUAAGUGGUGUAUUGAGUUUGGUAUAGAGGCCAACGCUAUCAUUGCUGUCCCAUAUGAUUGGAGAUUGUCACCAUCAAUGCUUGAGGAGCGAGACCUUUACUUCCACAAGCUAAAAUUGACUUUUGAAACUACCCUUAAGCUUCAUGGAGGUCCCUCAAUUGUCUAUGGCCAUUCGAUGGGCAAUCAGGUGUUUCGUUAUUUUUUGGAGUGGUUAAAGCUAGAAAUUGCACCAAAACAUUAUAUCCAGUGGCUGGAUGAACACAUUCAUGCCUAUUUUGCUGUUGGAUCUCCUCUUCUUGGUUCAAUUCAGACAGUGAAAGCAACACUUUCUGGAGAUACAUUUGGUCUUCCUGUUUCUGAGGGGACAGCUCGAUUGUUGAUCAAUUCAUUUGCUUCUUCAUUAUGGAUGUUGCCCUUUUCAAAGUAUUGUAGGGCAGAUAAUGCAUAUAGGAGGCAUUUCUAUGGGGAGAGUAGGCAUGGUUAUCAAAUAUAUCACUGUGAAGAUGAGGAAUUUCGGUCAAACUUCUCUGGGUUUCCAACAAAUAUAAUCAAUAUCGAAAUUCCUUCAACCCGUGCAGGAUUUGAUGCAUAUCCAUCAGUUGCAGAAGUAGCUGAGACCAACUUGUCUAACGCGGAAUGUGGGUUGCCUACUCAGUUAUCCUUCUCUGCUCGUGAAAUUGCAGAUGGUACCGUUUUCAAAGCAAUAGAGGAUUAUGAUCCGGAUAGCAAGAGGCUCUUGUACCAAUUAAAGAAGUCAUAUCAUGAUGAUCCCAUUUUAAAUCCGCUUACACCUUGGGACAGACCACCUAUAAAAAAUAUCUUUUGUAUCUAUGGAAUAGAUAUGAAGACUGAGGUUGGCUAUUAUUUUGCACCGAGUGGCAAGCCUUACCCUGAUAAUUGGAUCAUCACUGAUGUGAUUUUUGAGGAUGAAGGAUCUUUGUUCUCAAGGUCAGGGGAUCUGGUUGAAGGGAAUCCAGGUGCUACAAGUGGUGAUGAGACGGUACCAUACCAUUCCCUCUCUUGGUGCAAGAAUUGGCUUGGAUCACAAGUGAACAUAACAAGGGCUCCUCAGUCAGAGCAUGAUGGGUCCGAUAUACAAGUGGAAUUUAAUGUAGAACAUCAUGAAGGAGAAGAUAUUGUCCCCAAUAUGACGAAGUCACCUAGGGUUAAGUACAUAACCUAUUAUGAAGAUUCUAAAAGUAUUACUGGGAAGAGGACAGCAGUCUGGGAGAUUGAUAAAGCAAAUCACAGGAACAUUGUAAGAUCCCCAGUUCUAAUGCGGGAGGUGUGGCUUCAGAUGUGGCAUGAUAUCCAUUCUGAUGCUCAAUCUAGUUUUGUUACAAAAGCUAAGCGUGGACCUUUGAGGGAUGAGGACUGUUAUUGGGAUUAUGGGAAAGCUCGGUGUGGGUUGGCUGAGUACUGUGAAUAUAGGUAUCUUUUUGGGGAUGUUCACCUAGGGCAGAGCUGUAGGUUGAAGAUCUCUUCAGUUGAUCUGCUAUUGCAUUAUCUAUAGAUUAGAAGGUUGUGGUACUGUCACCAUCUUUCAUUCAACUCAUAAAUUUGGAGUUUUAAAAUUCAUCUGUACUGGAUAGUUUCGCUCUUCUAAUGAUAUUUCAAUUUUGUCAUCCAAGGUCCUGGCAGUGGCGCAUGCUUCCCACAUAUAAGAGGUCAAGUCUCUUGUAAAUCACAAAUCACCUGGCCCAAUGCUCCAGUAUCUUGCCGCCUGUAGGUAACGCUCUCCAAGUAGCUUCUUGCGAGCCUGUCUUCGUGAGCAAAAACAGCAGGAAAGCCAAAUCUUGUUCUUAAAGGAUAGUCAUUAACACAGUUUAGGUGUAAUAUGUAGCAUUGAAGGGUAUAUAGUCUCUACCUUGAGCAGUGAUGGCAUUCUAUGAAGUAUACAGUCAUGCUAUGAAGGAUCUCUUGAAGGGUUGAUCAAUUAGAAUAGUCUAACAUAUGUAUUCAGUGCAGCAAAUUUAGGGUUUCCUUUACGAUUUCAAGUCGGUUUAGGAUGUUUUGAGGGUUAUUUCUGUCCUAAGUUAUCACUAGGGUUUUGUUUUAUGUGUGUAGUCUCGUAUUCUUUAUCUUCAACUCUGCGAGUUAUUGACCCUUAAUUCGUUGAAUAGUACUAAUAUCUUUUUUGGUUUUUA